AUGAAGAUCAUGAUGAUUGUCGCUUUCGUUUAUGCACUUGGUAUUAUGAUGCUGUUAGCUGAUGGAGCUCCUGAAUAUAAUGAGACCGAGGCGGAUUUGGAGACGGCUUUCCUUGACGAGCCAAGUUUACUCCCAGAUUCUUUGGAACCUUGUCGAGGGAAGAGAGAACAAGACGAAAGUUGCACAGGUUUGUUCCUGGUGAAAUGAUUAGAUUACUAGAUUUCAAUGAAAAUGUUUUAAACACAGUAUUAGAUUUCACUCCUAAUAACCGAAGGCACUGCAGUUAGAUGGAGAGGCCCAAGAUGAAGGUGGCGAGUGGUAGGUAGCUACGUAGUUUAAGAAUUUUUAAUUUGAGUUUUAAAUAACAGACUUCAAAGUUCUUUCUUGCAAGUGCUACAAAAGUUACAUGCUUGCUUGAAAUGAUCUGAAACAGUGUUAUCGAAAACUAAGACAUAUCAUAUGUCAAAAAACACUCACACUGCCAAACAAGAAGAAAAAAGGGGGAAAGGGAAACAAAAAAGAUCUUAAUAUAAAAAGACUUUACCGAUUAAACUUUCCAGAUGUAAGUCUUUAAAAGUUCCACGGAAAUCAUUAAGAAAUAUGCAAGACACUUAGCUAUGAUAGAAUCCACCAUCCCCUUUCUUCAAAUGCCAUUAAGGAUUUAAAAGGAUAACCGCGAAAAUAAAAAUAAAGCCAAAACCCUCAGCCAUUCUUCAGCGCCUUUAUUUUAAAAUCAUAACCGUAUUUGGUUGCUGGAAAAAAAUUUGCCAUCAAAAAUGGCGAAAAAUUCUGCCUACACUGCCUGUAAUGAUAGAGGGGUCCAACGGAAAAAUAGCUCCACAUCGAAUUAUAAUAGGAGAUUUCACAUAAAAGUAAAUACAUUUUUUUUUCUUUUUUCAGUUUUUUAAGUAAAUACAUGAUGUACUGCAUUGUUGGACAAAAAUAAUGUAAGCCAGUAAGCAGAAUGCCUGUAACUCUGACCGAAAUCUUUAAUUCUUUUUUUCAGGUUGGCGCAAGGCAAAUUCCGCUCCUGUGUGUUUUGGCGCCAAACAUAACGUGUUUGGAAAGUUCCACCUACCAUCCAGUGGCAAAUUAGCCGCCAUAAAGCUGGUUCAUCUGUACGGUUACGUGUCCUGUUUGGCGACACAUCCGGGUCAUUGGUCAUACUGGGGCUGCGCUCACCACGGGGGAAUAACAAAUUACAAUAAUGUAGUCAUAACGAAUGCUCAUAACCACAUUAUUCUCCCGCCAAACCAGUUAAUAGUAACUGGGUCGCAUGCACCUGGAAAAUGGUAUUAUAAUGUCGGUUAUAGUUCACUGUCCCCAGAGCUUGUCUUGUCAGUUUUCUCCGAUCCCCUCCACGUUUCUUCAGGUCAAGAGUUUCGUGUGUGGUACGGCGAAGAUUUGGUGAAUUUCUACGAUCAAGAUAAUGACGGAAAAGUAUGCAGUGAUGUCUACGCUCUUUAUGUUUGA